CCACUGUGGAGAAGGGACUUUUGGACUAGAAGUCAUAAAUACCACCAUUUUCAGCUCCAGUCUGUGUUACAGUUCUGUAUUGCUGCAAGAGGACGGAGGCAGAAGGAAGAUGUUAUUGAGGAGCUCAGCAGGAUUCGUGCUGUUCUUGCUCUCUCAAUGCACUGUGUCCCUGGGCACCAAGGAGGCAGUGGUCCUGGCCAAUGCUCACCUUCUUCCCCAGAGAGACUAUGAGACACUGGGAAACACCAAUGAAAAAGACUAUCCAAGGGAUUGUUUUGAGAUUUUACAGCGCUCCAAAGGAAAUUCCAGAGAUGGCCUUUACAUCAUCCAGCCAAAAGAGGAACCAAUUGUUGUCUUUUGUAACAUGCAGGAUGGUGGCUGGACAGUAAUCCAGCACAUUACAGCCAACAGUACUGUCGACUUUGACAGGACCUGGCAGGACUACAAGUAUGGAUUUGGCUCUGUUCAUGAGAACCACUGGUUAGGAAAUGAAUACAUGCAUCAGUUAACUGGCAGCUCAGUGCAAUACAUACUUGGAAUUAAACUUGUAGAUCUAAAUGCUGAAGUCAAAUGGGGACAGUAUGAGCCAUUCCAGAUUGAAGGGGAAGAGUCUCAAUACCGAAUCAGGGUUGGUCUUUACAAAGGCAACGCCACUGAUGCAUUGACCCUGGACACAGAAGCUUAUCUCCAUGACAACCAGAAGUUCACCACCAAGGACAGAGACAACGACAAUUACUUUAUGAAUUGUGCCAAACUGGAGCUGAAUGGGAUUCCUGGGGGAGGCUGGUGGUACGACGCGUGUGCUGGAGCAAAUCUAAACCGCAGGAAUGUGAUUUACUGGCAAAAAGACUGCAACAAGCAACACCCGUGCAAGUUUGCAUGGAUGAUGAUCAAACCCAUCAAGCACCACCAGUCAUACCCUACCAAGGGCUGCCCCUGUCAGAAAGUUGAGCUGUAGACAAGCCAUGUGUAUUUGACAGGAACAUUGGGUCUUUCUCAAGUGACUGAAAUGAACUCACCGACUGAGUAAUAACCCUGAGUAACCAUGACUGAAAAUUUAAAUUGCGCCUCUGCAAGGGCUUUAUGAUGACAAAACGUCCAGGACUGGAACAUGUCACAGAAAUUUGCCAACCACACAAGUGAGAAACUGUCAGAAACUGAGACCUUUACCACAAGACUUAAGCAAGCAGAUUCAACCAAAUUAAUUUUACACUAUUUUAGCCAUAAGAAAAGUCCAGUAUGAAAUCCAGGAUAUAU